AUGUCUGCCGAAGAUACCAAACCAACCAAAGACGCCGAGGUCACUGCAGGUGAUGCUCUCAAGCCUCCUACCGCCAACGUCUUUCUGAUGUUCGGCGCCAAGAAGGAGAAGAAGCCUGAGGCCGAAGAAGAGAAAGAAGCACCAAAGGACACCAAGGAGGCUGCCGAUGCCGACGAGGAGAAGGCUGUCGAGGAGGAGGCCGAUGUCCACUUCGAGCCAUUGGUUCACUUGGAGAAAGUCGACGUGAAGACCAACGAAGAAGAGGAGGAGGUGUUGUUUAAAAUCAGAGCCAAGUUGUUCCGUUUCCACAGCGACUCCAAGGAGUGGAAAGAGCGUGGAACUGGUGACGUCAAGUUCUUGAAGCACAAGACCUCGGGCAAGACCAGAAUCUUGAUGAGAAGAGACAAGACCUUGAAGAUUUGUGCCAACCACUUGGUGCAACCAGACUACGAAUUGAAGCCAAAUAUCGGUUCCGACAGAUCUUGGGUGUACAGUGUGACUGCUGAUAUUUCCGAGGGUGAGCCUGAGGCCCAGACCUUGGCCAUUCGUUUCGGUAACAAGGAGAAUGCUGACAAGUUCAAGGAGUACUUUGACAAGGCCAAGGAGGGUAAGUAA